AUGUUGCGCCCGGGAUUUCUCGUUGUCCCGGUCCGACGCACUUUGGCGCAGCAGUUGCACAAAAGCUAUCGACUGCCGCUGCACCAUCGUAUCCAGCCUCAACUGGCGCAGCUGGGCCUGCCGACAAUCCGCAUCGUACACGCCAGGCCGUACUCUUCAUCGCCGUCUCCGAGCCCGAAUCCAAACGAGAACAAGAAGGAUGUGAAGCCGCAGCCGCUCGCCGAGGAUCCGAUCCCCGUGCCCAACACCAUCCCCCCGCUACCGAUAUGGCAACGCCUCGGUCCUCUGACCUCUCUUGCCUCCGCGUAUGGUCGUGCGCAGCGCCGUCGACCAUGGGUCACGCAGUUCUUCAGUGUCCUGGUCAUCUACUUCAUCUCCGAUAGAUGCGCCCAGUCCAUCGGCGGCGACGAGUACGACCCGAAGCGCACACUCCGAAGCCUCGUCAUUGGCGGAGGCAGCGCCAUUCCCAGCUACCUCUGGUUCGUGUGGCUCUCGCACAGCUUCAACUACUCGUCGCAUAUCCUCUCCAUCGCGACCAAGAUCGUCGUGAGCCAGCUCCUCUUCACACCGACCUUCAACACCUACUUCUUCGGAUCCCAGGCCCUCCUCUCAGGCUGCACGCCCUCCGAGGUCCUCGAGCGCGUCUACAACACCGUCCCGACGAGCAUGAUCAACUCGUGCAAGUUCUGGCCGUGGGUGACCGCCUUCACCUUCACCUUCAUCCCGAUCCAGUACCGCAGCCUGUUCUCGGGCGUCAUUGCCAUCGGCUGGCAGACGUACCUCGCUUGGCUCAACCGGAUGGCCGAGCUGAAGGAGAGGGCAGGGGCGGAUCACCUCAACGAGGCCGAGGCGAGUGUGGGUGUGGGUGUUGGGGAUGUCGAGUGA